AUGCCCCAAAACGGUUCAUGUACUGAUAUAACAUGUGAUAAUGAAAUCAAAGAAUUAUAUGAAUGUCAUUGUUGUUUAUAUCAUUUGAUUGAACAUGUUGAAAUAGCAAAAACAAUAGAAAUUCUUGAAGAAAAACAAUUAACUAUUGAACGUGAACAAAAUUUACUUGAACAAGCAAACAAUUUCUUGAUGAAUCCAAUAUUUCAAUCGAUAAACUAG